GGAUGUGUGGCGCGAGCAGAUAACGGCUUGGACGGGAUGCUAACAAAGCGGAGUCUCUGAGUAAAAUUCGGGGCACAGAGUGCUAAACCAUCAUGUUAGACGGUGGGCAGUUUGUGGAGGCCAUGGGCCGUCUAGGUUAUCCUGGUGCAUCAUCACUGAAGGCCUCUGACUUCGACUGGCUGUUUGACUGCGCCCCAGAGAACCUUCACUUCUUGCGCUUUGUCUGUCGCACCCUCAACCAAAGCAAUGUCCUCACAACGGAGGAGGCAAAUGCUUAUCAGGAGCUACAGAAAUCUGGCAAGCCAAUCCUCGACGAAGCAGCUUUGGGUGAGGUCCUUAAAACCAUUGGACCUUCAGAUGGGAGCAGUGCAAACAUCUUAGGGCCCUCUUCAUCGUCAUCGUCUGCGUUUGCAGCUGAAGGGGAUGUUACCAUUGAGGACUUGCAGGCAGAGCUCCAGGCACUGCAUAAAGAGAAAGAGCUGAAGCAGCAGCGGUACAAUAGAUUGCAGGUUGCAGCAACCUCCCGUGCAGAUGUUGACCUACGACUUGCUGCAGAGCUGGAGAGUGCUACAUUUAAGCUAAAGGAGGCCAGUGCUUCCAUUGGAGCUGAGAAUGCUGACACCAACGCUCUGUUACAAAACCUAACAGAUGAGGUGAAAAAACUUGCUUCAUUUCUCCCAGUUCAGCCUGAUGCCAAACAAAAAGGAAAAGGAGAGCCUGUCCUCCUCUCUCAGCUGCCCUUGGAUCCCUACCUUCACCAGGAGGAGCGCAACACUAAAACACUGGCUGCCUUCACUCAGAAGCAUUUCUUCCAGGGCAUCUCUGACAUUGUUGAGACUUCUUGCUCUGAGCGCUUCCAGGUCCUUGACCUGAGUUCUUGUGAAGAUGGAGAGGACAAAGAAAAUGAGCGUGAGGGAAGAGAGAGAGAGGAGCAAGUGGUGGAGCGCAGGAAGACAGAGAUGGCCAGACUUCAGUGGUCUCAUAUUGUGGCCCAACACCAACUGAUGCAGGCCAUGGCAGAGGAGAAGAGCGUUAAGGCUGGACUGGACUGGCUUUCUGAGAAGUCUUCUCAUACUAAGAGCAUUUCCACGUCCUCCUCACUACAUGUCCGUGAGGUUGUGUCCAGGAAGGAACUGCAGGCAGUGGAGGCUGAGCUGGAGGCUCUGAUGAAUGGACCUGUACCUGCUGCCCUCAGAGAGUCAGCCAGGUUACUUAAUGUGCCCAUAGUGAGGGGAGACCUGGCUCUGCAACUAGCCAGACAAGACUACUACACUUCCAGACAGGAUCAAGUACGAGACUGCCUUCUCCGCCAGAAGGCAUCCUUUGACCUGGUGCUCCUGGGUCAGGAGAUGGAGAAAAGGAGGUGGAGGACAUGUUUCCAACAGCUGGGAGAAGUGAACAGCAGACUGGUAAAAGAAGGUGAAGCAGCAGCCCUCAGGAUUGAGUCCCUGGCACACCCUGACCUGGCUAUCAACCCCAGGCCCAACCCCAUCAUCAGCUGCAAGGAUGUAGCCUUCAGCAGGCUGCUCCAGAUCCUAGACCAUGACUCAGACCAUGGUCGAUCAGAGCCUUUCCGGACAUAUGAAGCAUUGGACCAUGCAGCUCGCGACCUCGCAGGCAACCUCCAGGCAACCCGAGACGCUUUGGCUGGCGCUGGCCGUGAGCAGUACUACACAGCUGCUCGUUUCAAUGGUGACUGUGAGGCGCUCCACAGGGCGAUGUACACAGAGCUCCAGCAGCUGGUCUUAGGGCCGCAGGUACGUCCAACGGCCACCUCUGACCAGGAGCUGCUCUGUCCCAAUGCACAGGUGGGUUUAUUUCCUUUGAUUUCAUGCACAGUCGUCUUGGUCAACUAUACCGAGUGCUAUUCAGAAGCAAUCCUUAAUGAGCUGACAGUGAAGCUUGUGAAAGCUGAGUCUCAGCUACAGAGUUUGCAGCAUGUAAUGCAAGAAAUCAUGGGGGAGGUUAAAGCCAAGCGUUCUCAGCUGGAGCGCAAUGCCCUCCUCAGGCAGGAGAGGGAAUUGUACAUCUACUUCCACUUAAAUCCCCGGCUGCUGCAAAAAGUAGUGGAAGAUCUGGAGGGCAAAAUGGCCGUCAAGAGAGCGCUGCAGUGAAGCCCGCCAGAAUGAAUGAGUAGUGCUCAGCUCAACCUCAACGUGCAUUUUCUCUGCUGAGGGAGACAACUUGUAUUAUAAAGCUUGAUCAGAGGACUGUGCUGUCAGUGGAGGAGGUUUAUUUAGUAGCCCUGCUCUGGUAUAUUGUGUGCACAAGUGUGAGCUUACAGAAAAUUUGCACCUUUACUUGGUUUGUGCAGGAGGCAGACAUCAAUUCCUUGAGUCUUCAUCAUUGGGACAACAAUCAACUUUGGAAAAAGUUUUGUUGUAUAUGAGCAGUGCUGCUUAUAUGACGUUCGGGAUUUGUUUGAGUGUUUAUUGCCAAUACUUUUAACACAAAACUAAUAAGAAACCAUAGCAUUUUGUGUUGAUGUGCUAAAAU